UACACUUGUGUUAUUGUCGAGGGAUAAAGACGUUUGCAAAGUAUGAACAUAUACUUUUGUGGAAGUAUCCGAGGAGGGAGACAGGACGUGAAUAUUUACCAGAGAAUAGUGAAGAAGUUACAGCAGUAUGGCAAGGUUUUAACAGAGCAUGUCAGCUAUGACAGUCUGUCUGAAAAGGGUGAAGAUGCCGUUUUGGAUGGAGAUAAAGCGAUUCAUGAUCGAGAUAUGGAGUGGCUGAUGAUGUCUGAUGUGAUAGUAGCUGAGGUGACACAGCCGUCGUUAGGAGUGGGUUAUGAACUUGGCCGAGCUGUGGAAAUGAACAAGAGGGUUCUCUGUCUCUUCAGGCCUUCAUCUGGAAAAGUGCUGUCUGCCAUGAUCAGAGGAGCUUCGACAAACUCGCUCUUCCAUGUACACGACUACACAGAGGAUGAAGUCGAGAGCUUUUUGGAGAAAUAUUUUGAUAGUAUCAACAAGAACUGAUGAUGAGCAUAUUUCAACGAAUCAUAACAGAUAAGCACAACUCUUAUAUGCGGCUCCUCUGCUUUUAGAAAGCCAGUAGGACAGUUCUCCUUUGGUGGCCAUAAGCAUUUACAUCACAUUGUAAAAUGUAAAUUGCACUGUGUUCUUACGU